CUCUGCAGAUUAUCUGACUUGCAUCCAAACCCCCCACUUCUGAACACUCACCAUGACUCGCCCUACUCAUACCCCACCCCGAGGAGCCAGCUUCUCCGUUAACGUCCCUCAAGGAUGGAACGUUAUCGUCACAGCUAUUUCCCGCAAGGACUACAUGCAGGCCCUCGAGGUCCACUACGACAUCAUCGACGAUGACGCUCGUAUCUUCGGUAGCCGUCCUGGCGAGAAGAACGACCACAUGAAGGUCACGCUCGACCAGAACAAUUCCCUGCCCUUCAAAGACCAGGAUGAUCCUUAUACACUCGACCUGACCUUUUUCCACUCCACCAAAGAGACGAGGAACGCGGAGAAGGUUGUCGACAACAAUGAGCUGAGCAGCAAGAUCCAUGUGCUCAAGACUGCUAAGCCCCCCGGUUCGUUCAAGGGCCCUGACAAUGUCACUUUCAUCAUCUUCGUUGAGGAUACUCCCUCCCAGGAAACCAAUACUGGCCAAUACGACGAUGCUGUUGCGAUGGUCUACUGCGUUGAGAAGCUUUAGGGGUGCAGGGGUGUCAUUGAACGAACGUCUACUAUCUUUCUGUACCAUAAUGAUUGCGUUGUACGAAAUUGAGAUAAAUGCACAUUUUUACAAAUCUGA